AUGUCAUCACAAGAAAUUGUUCGGGAUCGAAAACCAUCAAUGAUGAGGCCUCUGAAACAAAUCAUUUCAGUUCCAGAUUGUAUUAAGGAUGAAUGCCAACAAAAGAGGGAGAAAAUAAGAGCGUUCAACUCAAAUACAUUAGCAACUCCAUCCAAACCCAGUUCCAACCAGAUCGCCAGACCAUUUUCUUCGACACCAUCGGCUCCACCAUCGGAACCACUACGAUCAACUUGUUCAUCUUCGGACCCGACUCGCAGUCCUGUUUCAACAGGGCCUAUGAAAUCUUUACAUAUAUUGUUCCAUUCUAGGUCAAAUUCGCAUGGCGAAACACAAAUACAUGACAACAUUCUGAACAAAUCAAACAAAUCUCAACACCAAGUGAGCAACAUGAAAUCUGAACAAAAAGAAAUUCGGCCUAAAACAGAAGCUGACGAGCCAUCACUUAAUGAGAUGGAAAAAAUUGCAAAGAAUUGGCUUCAUUGUCUCAACUUUGAUUCCUUGCUGUCGAAAGAGCAACAUUCACUGUUAGAUGAUCCUUUACGGAAUGGAACAUUUUUUUGUGAACUUGUUGAAACUUUGGAAAGGACAACCUUGAAUGAAUACUGUCACCAACCAAAGAAAAUGAGUGACAUCAACAGAAACCUCGACAGCGCUUUUUCAAAGCUCAAGCAAAAAAAUAUUCCAGCAAAGUAUUUAUGUUUCUCUAAUAAGAUUAUUCGUGGAGACAAGGAAACAAUAUGGGGUUUGCUGUAUCAUAUAUCAAAGGCAUAUUCAGAAGCUAUUAACAACAAAGAGCAACAUUUUUCAAAGAAGGAAUUUGUUUUGUACAGUUCAGAAAAGAUGCUUGAAUUGGAGAAGUCCAUUAUUUUGUGGCUUCGAAGUUUGGGCAUGCUUCCCAUUCACAAACCUAUACCAGACACGUUCGAAGAUAUUGACGAAGAAAUCAGGAAUGGAACUAUUUUGUGUGACCUUGUUGGAUUUAUUCUGGGGGAUCCAAUUAUUGGCGUAACAAGAAAUCCAAAAAUUCCAACAGCAUGCCGCUCCAACAUUUUCAAAGCGAUAGAGCUGUUGAGGCAACGGAAAAAGAUGUGUCAGAAAUUCUUGAAUGAGGAAGAGAUUUUAAAUGGUAACAAAAAUUAUAUUCUUGGAUUGUUCGAAGAUAUUAGAAGAUAUUAUGACGGUAUUGCAAUGCGAACAGAAAAGACUGAUACCCCUUAUUUGGGUAAUUUGCCAUCAUUUUCUUUUCCAACCUCUUGCAUGAACACGGUAACAUUUCCCGAGCACAGCACUUCCCCAUUUUUGAACCAGACAAAACCAACCUCUAAAACCUCUCUUCUUCGUCAAAUGAUGAGCUCAACUUUUGUUGACGAGACAUCACAUGCUCUAAUGACAACAGGUCCUACAGAGCUUCAAGCAUCAAUCCCUACACCAAUCACUUCAAAACAUUUCACUAUUGAGCAAAGAUCCUUUCCUGAAUCCUUCUUUCCCUCCUCCCAACUUAAAUCUGUAUUUAUUCCUCCACCUAACGAAGUUGACAACACUACCCGUCAAAUGAUAACAGAAAACUCAACAACUAGAGCCCAAAUACUAGAUAGAGAUGUUCCUUACAAAUUAGAAUCAAAGAUCUCAAAGAACAAACAUUCAGAUAUCAAUAAUAAAAGAAAGUAA